AGAAAGUUGUAUCUGAGCUUGUUUUCUGCUCCUUAUGGCUUUCAUACUAAACAUGACGUCAACCCUUUUGAAUAUUACUCUUCCUUUAUUAUUUUUAUUGUUAUUAUUAUCAUUGGAGAGAACUGUUUUUGUAGUUGCUAGGCAUGGACAAUGGUCCAAUGAAAUGAAAUCAAAUAUCCAAAACAAUGAAGAUCUUGUUACCAAUUUGCCUGGUCAGCCUAACGUUGACUUUCAACACUAUGCUGGAUAUGUCACAGUAAAUGAAAAUAAUGGAAGAGCACUGUUUUAUUGGUUCUAUGAAGCUUGGACUCUUCCAGAUGAGAAACCCUUGGUGCUUUGGCUUAAUGGAGGUCCCGGGUGUUCUUCUGUGGGAUAUGGAGCUACACAAGAGAUCGGGCCAUUCAUUGUGGGUACAGAUGGAAAUGAUCUUCAGUUAAAUCCAUACUCAUGGAAUAGAGAAGCCAAUAUGUUGUUCCUGGAAUCUCCUGUUGGAGUUGGCUUUUCCUACUCCAACACAACUAGCGAUUAUGAAAACCUAGGAGACGAUUUCACUGCAAAUGACACUUAUGCUUUCCUGCAUAACUGGUUCACCAAGUUUCCCUCUUAUCGGACAAGAACAUUUUAUAUUGCUGGAGAGAGCUAUGCAGGAAAAUAUGUGCCAGAGUUGGCAAAUCUUAUUUACGAUAAAAACAAGGAUCCUUCCCUGUUUAUCAAUUUACAAGGGAUAUUGUUAGGUAAUCCGGAAACAAGUGAUGCUGAAGAUUGGAAAGGUCUGGUUGACUAUGCUUGGAGCCAUGCUGUUGUAUCAGAUGAAACUCACAAAACCAUAAGAGAAUCAUGCGAUUUUAACAGUAAUGACACUUGGAGCAAUAAUGACUGCAGCCAAGCUGUAGAUGAAGUUCUCCGACAGUAUAAAGAAAUAGACAUCUACAGCCUCUACACCUCCGUUUGCAUUGCCAAUUCAGCAUAUUCACAAAACAAUGCACUUCAAGUCAUGUUCAAAAGGACCACAUCCGCUAAAAUGAUGCCACGAAUACUUGCGGGUUAUGAUCCUUGCCUUGAUGAUUAUGCAAAAGGUUACUACAAUAAACCUCAAGUUCAGAAAGCUCUUCAUGUUAGCAACGGCCUUCAACUAAAAAACUGGAGCAUUUGCAAUAUGGACGUAUUCUAUGGGUGGUCACAGUCGAAAGAUUCAGUUCUUCCCAUAUACAAGAAACUCAUUGAUGCAAAACUUAGGAUAUGGGUAUACAGUGGAGAUACUGAUGGAAGAGUCCCUGUAUUGUCCACAAGAUACAGCUUAAGCUCCCUCAACUUGCCUAUAUUGAGGCCAUGGAGGCCCUGGUAUAACCAGAAGCAGGUUGGUGGUUGGGUUCAAGAAUAUAAAGGGCUAACUUUCGCAACAUUUAGAGGAGCGGGUCAUGCAGUUCCCAUUUUCAAACCUAGGGAAUCGCUUGCAUUCUUCACUUCAUUUCUUCUCGGAGAAUCUCCACCGUCCCAACGAUAAGUUGCCUAUUGAUAUGAGAGCCCCUUCACACUUUCCCUACAAAAGAUUUUGCUCUUUCUCUAUAUAUAUUUACAUAUAAUUAUUAGGUUGCAUGCAAUAUAAGGGUUAUCGUACACGAAGAGAAGUCCUUUUGAAGUUAGUUUAUCUAGAGCUUAAAGGAAAUAAAUUAAUGGGGAUCCUAUAAAUAUGUUAUACAGUUAUAGUACCAUACGAUCGUCAUAGUUUCCGAUUGUUUUGUAAACACCAAUGGUAAU